AGGGGGGCUGUUUGGGUAUGUGACAGGAGGAGCUGCAACAGCAGCAUGGACGAUGACACUUACUCAAAGUCACUACUGCACGACUGAAAGUUAGAACUACUUACAAGAGGCUUCGAGAAAUAUACUAUUUUCGGCUUGGAAAGUACUACCGGGGCAAUUCAUUGGAAGCUGUGCCGUUGUCAAAUCAGCCCCCAGAGAUAUUGCCCUCUGGUGGUGUGAUUCAUGAGUGCGUUCCGAGGCAAGGGUGCAUAGUCCUCGGGCAUGGGGAGUGGAGUCCACGAUCAACAUGCAGCACUCAACCAGGGAGAAGUGCUGCCUCGGGCUUCCAAGCAGUCUGAAGGCCUGAAGCAGACCCGCUCUGUCAUCAACUCGCUCUUCUCGGGGGCUUUGGCGGGAGCUGUGGCCAAAACAGCUGUCGCUCCAUUGGACAGGACUAAAAUCAUCUUUCAAGUGUCUUCAGCUAGAUUCUCAGCAAAAGAGGCCUACAGGUUAAUCUACCGCACAUACCUUAAGGAUGGCUUCUUCAGUCUAUGGAGGGGCAACUCUGCCACCAUGGUGCGAGUCAUCCCAUAUGCUGCCAUCCAGUUCUGUGCUCACGAGCAGUACAAAAGGCUCUUGGGAGACUACUAUGGCUUUCAGGGGAAGGUCCUCCCUCCACUGCCAAGGUUACUGGCUGGGUCAAUGGCCGGCACCACUGCAGCCAUGUUAACGUACCCUCUUGACAUGGUGCGAGCGCGCAUGGCUGUCACACCAAAAGAAAUGUACAGCAACAUCCUUCAUGUGUUUGUUCGGAUCUCCCGGGAAGAAGGACUGAAGACCUUGUAUCGAGGUUUUACGCCCACCAUACUGGGUGUAGUCCCUUAUGCGGGCCUCAGCUUCUUUACCUACGAGACAUUGAAAAAGCUUCAUGCAGAGAGAAGCGGGCGCCCACAACCCUACUCGUACGAACGGCUAGCCUUCGGGGCCUGCGCCGGCCUCAUUGGUCAGUCGGCGUCCUACCCUUUGGACGUGGUACGUCGGCGGAUGCAGACGGCGGGGGUCACGGGUCACACUUACGGCACCAUCUCGGGAACCAUGAGGGAAAUUGUCGCCGAGGAAGGUGUUAUCCGAGGACUCUAUAAAGGCCUCAGUAUGAACUGGGUCAAAGGGCCUAUCGCGGUGGGAAUCAGCUUCACCACUUUUGACCUUACUCAGAUUCUCCUGAGGAAGCUGCACGAGAUGGGCUACACCUCUCGGUAAAGGUGAGGGAAAAAUUAAGAAUUCAAAAGGAUUCCUGGAUGUUAUGCUUCCUUUAGGGUUCAAGGAAGAGUGAGUGCUGAAUUUAUAUUUUGCCAAACAAGGCAAACAAACACACUGGCCGUAAGAGAGGAGGAACGUGUAUACACGUUCUUGUCACGUGUAUCAAAGUGCAAUAUGCUCUGUGUUUUUUUUUUUUUUGGAUCUGUACUUGUGAGUACACUAAAGUGGACUGAGACCGUGAGCGUAAAUGUCACAUACACGCCGAGGAGGAUGCCUACGAAUCCAAUGCAAGCUGCCUCUUACUUGUAUUUAGGGUCCAUGUGACAAAUUCUAUGACAUAUGAGAUUUGACUGGAAAUAGGGUUUUGGUGGAUCGAGGUUUUGAAUAGAGAAUGUACUCACCCAAAGUGAACUAAUUCAUUUUAAGCAUUCAAAGCAUUAGUAUGAAUGGUAUACAGGUGCACCUCAAUAAAUUACAAUAUUGUAGAAAAUUGGAUUUUUUUAGUGAAACUUGUAUUUACAUAGAUUUAUUAUACAAAGAAUAAAGUAUUUACAUAGAUUUAUUAUACAAAGAAUAAAACAUUUCCAUCGCCAGGUGGUUGUGUGGUGUUAAACCAGGUAACUAGGUAACUUUUCAACAUUUAUAAAGUAUUUUCAGAACAUUUGUGAUAUGUCGACUGACAACUCGUUUAAUGACACCUCUUUUAUAUCUUGAGGGGCUCUGUAUUAGGGUUGGGCGAUAUGGCCUUAAGUUCGUAAAUUGAGCAGAUUUACCUCUAUAACGAUAAAUGUCGAUAAAUUCGCCCAAGUGGACUGUUAUAUAAUUUGAGAAUCUGAAUCACUGCAUGAAAUACAAAUGAACCGUUUCUCGUUGAUUUAUUUACCAACUUUCAAUUUAACAAUUGUACAUGCAGUCUAAACAUUAAGUAUAUAAAAAGUUAUUGUAAACAAUUAGAAUUCAAGUAUGAGCAUUUACAGCAGCUCGUUUGACUUGAACAAUGUACAACAUUAUAAAAAGCAACACGACGACUGUGCAAACAUGUCAUUGUAACACAAAUGACUCACAACUUGAACAGUACACUUCAAACAGACAAUUUAUUGUUAAUGGCUGCUGUGACAUAAUUACUCAACACAAGUGUUUACUUCAAGGUGUCAGGUUUUUUUUUCCCCAGAGCAUCUUUUUUUAAUAUCUGCACGCACACAUGCACCCCUGUUUUCCGAAAUUUCCAGGUUCACGGUGAAUCAGUAACAGGCACACUUUUACAAAA